AUGGGCUUUACCGCUUUGCCACCUAAGCUACUUGCACAUGUUUCACUUUCUCCGCUAAAACAGCCUCAAGCAUGGGUCAGAAGGUUUCAAACAUUCGAUCCCAUCGGUAUCAAGCCUCUUCCAUCGUCUUUGUUUGCUUGCCCCAUCAGACCAGACCUAAUUCAACGGGUUACUGUGUGGUAUAGAACCGGGAUCCGAUCAGGAACCGCCUGCACUAAAGAGCGAGGUGAUGUUCGUGGCUCGAUUCGAAAACUUUAUGCCCAAAAAGGAACAGGUCGGGCCAGAGUGGGUGCUUCUAGAACUAACAAGCGCGUUGGGGGUGGUAUUUGCUUUGGUCCCAAGCCUAAAGAUUGGGCUUUUCAUAUGCCCAAAAAAAUACUCUCUAUCGCUUUUCGUUCAGCUUUAUCAGCAAAAUAUUUGCAAAACGAGUUAGUUAUUAUCAGCCCUACUUCUCUUAAAGAGAGCAAUUCCAUUUCAAGCAUUUUAGCCUCUGUAUAUGGUAAAUAUUCUGGGAGUCGCAUUAUGAUUUUGGACUCAAAACCGCCCACUUCUCACAUUGCGGACCAAAUCGCCCAAUUAGAAAACAUUGUGAUUAUGUCGCCUAGAGACAACGUCAAUGCAUAUCAUUUACUAGAUAACAAGCUUCUAUUUAUCACAACUAGAGCGAUAAGCUUCUACUCCAGAAUCCAUAAUGACAACCAUCUUGUUGCCAAAUAA